GCCAGAGUUAAACUAAUGAAGCAAAACAUUGGACGGGGCGAAUUUUCUCAGUUCCCCAAUUUGUCACAGACAAGUUGCCAGGAAGACGACGUUUCAACUUACGUUCAACAUUUAAAUGCCCUCUAUUCAGAUUUUGAAUCUAGGUUUGAGGAUAUUUUGACUAUGGUAAUACCACCGUGGAUAAUUAAUCCAUAUGGUGACAUAGAAGAAACGAAUGAGAUUUAAGAUCCUUCUCACUAAAAAUAUUGACCUAUUGCU